AUCAAACGGCUGAGCUGUUUACGCGCCAAUUUUAUCACAUUAUUAUUACUUUACUUGUUUACGAUUAUUUUUCAUUCCUUUAUAUUCAGUUAUAUUAUAUUAUAUUAGUAAUUUAUCCUAGAAGAUUUAAUUUAUCCUUCAAGUUAUAAUAUAAGAAUUUACAAUGGCUAUGCGUGAUUAUAGUGCAGAUAAAGAAUCGUUAAAAAAUUUUUUCAUCGAUUUUUGUCAAACUGAUGACGAAGGACAUAAGAACUUUAAGUAUGCAGAGCAGCUUACAAGAGUUGCCCACAGGGAACAGACUGCCUUUGUUGUGGACUUGGAUGACCUCCAUGAGUCCAAUGAAGAAUUGGCUGAAGCAGUGAAAUUGAAUACUCGUCGCUACACCACCAUGGUCUCUGAUGUUGUGUAUGAAAUGUUGCCAGAAUACAAACACAGAGAGGUAGCUGCUAAAGAUUCUUUAGAUGUGUACAUUGAACAUAGAAUUAUGUUAGAAGCACGAAAUCAUAGAAUACCAGGAGAGAUGAGAGACCCAAGGAAUAGAUAUCCUGCAGAGCUUAUCAGGCGAUUCGAGGUGUAUUUCAAGGAUAUGGGAACCUCCAAGUCAAUUCCAAUAAGAGAAGUGAAAGCUGAACAUAUUGGCAAACUUGUAACAGUAAAAGGUAUCGUGACGCGUUGCACGGACGUGAAGCCGCUGCUAGUUGUAGCGACGUACUCGUGCAGUGCUUGCGGCGCGGAGACGUACCAGCCAGUGAGAGCGCUGCAGUUCACGCCGCCGCCAGCGUGCUCGGCCGACGAGUGUCGCCUGAACAAGACCGCCGGGCAGCUACAUUUGCAGACCAGGGGCUCCAGAUUUCAGAAGUUUCAGGAGUUGAAAAUACAGGAACAUUCCGAUCAAGUGCCAGUGGGGCACAUCCCACGGCAGCUGUCGGUGUACUGUCGCGGAGAGACGACGCGGCGCGCGCAGCCCGGCGACCACGUGGCCAUCACCGGCAUCUUCCUACCGCUUUUCAGCGCCGGCUUCAAGCAGAUCGUUCAAGGACUGCUCUCUGAUACAUACCUUGAAGCUCAUAGUGUAUCCUGUUUAAAUCAAAGUGAUGAGAAUGAGGUUGCCGAAGCCCUUACAGAGGAAGAGUUGGCAGAGUUGGCGGAGGAAGAUCUGUACUCGAGAAUGGCGCAGAGUUUGGCGCCGGAGAUAUACGGACAUGAGGAUGUGAAGAAAGCUUUAUUGUUGCUGCUUGUUGGCGGUGUGGACAAGCGGCCUAACGGCAUGAAAAUCCGUGGUAACAUCAACAUCUGCUUGAUGGGCGACCCCGGCGUUGCUAAGUCUCAGCUACUGAACUACAUCGACCGUCUCGCGCCGCGCUCGCAGUACACCACAGGCCGCGGCUCUUCAGGCGUGGGGCUCACCGCCGCAGUCAUGAAGGAUCCAUUCACUGGAGAGAUGAUGUUAGAAGGGGGAGCCCUCGUUUUAGCUGAUCAGGGCGUAUGCUGCAUUGACGAGUUCGAUAAGAUGGCGGAAACUGACCGCACAGCCAUACACGAGGUCAUGGAGCAACAGACCAUUAGUAUUGCCAAGGCGGGAAUAAUGACAUGUCUCAACGCUCGCGUGUCAAUAUUAGCUGCGGCGAAUCCCGCGUAUGGUAGAUACAAUCCGAAGCGCACCAUCGAACAGAAUAUACAGCUACCGGCCGCUUUACUGUCGCGUUUUGAUCUGCUGUGGCUCAUACAGGAUAAACCCAACAGGGAGAAGGAUCUGGAGCUGGCGAAGCACAUAGCGUACGUGCAUCAGCACUCUCAGCAGCCGCCGAGCUCGCGUCGCGCGCUGCCCAUGCGGCUCGUACGACGCUACGUAGCGCUCACCAGACGCAAGCAGCCCGCCGUGCCCCCGCACCUCGCCGACUACAUCGUUUCAUCGUACGUAGAGAUGCGGCGUGAAGCGCGUAACGCUCGUGACGUCACGUUUACAUCGGCCAGGAAUCUACUCGCGGUACUGCGACUGUCGACGGCACUAGCGCGUCUCAGGUUGUCUGAUGUGGUGGAGAAGGAGGACGUGGCAGAAGCGAUCCGGCUAGUGGACAUGUCAAAACAAUCCUUACAGCAUGUCGAAGAUAAUGUGCAGAGGGGCAUAAGUUCUACGGAUCGAAUAUUCGCGAUUGUACGCGAUCUGGCCGGUUCGAAUCAAACUGUCAAAAUUGCGGACGUAAUAGAGAGAUGUGUCGACAAAGGAUUUAAACCUGAUCAAGUGGACGCUUGCAUCGAACAGUACGAAAACUUGAAUGUAUGGCAAGUAAAUCAAGUUCGGACGAAGAUUACAUUUAUGUAAAAUCAUAUUUAAGAUUCUAUGUGUAAGAAAUAAGUACCAUCAGUACCAAGUGAAGUUUUUUUCUAUGAACACUUUUUUAACAGAUACCAU